AUGGUUAAUCUUACUACUGCUAUGACUAACAUUGUUGUUGGAGUACCUUCUCUUUCUCUUCCUUCAUCACACUUAACAAAUUCAAAUACUUUCAUUCUCAACUUCAAAAUUAAGACCCAAAACCAUAAACUUCAUCUCAACUUCUCACAAACCAACCACACAACAACCCCAUUUCCAUCUUCCUUAUCAUCAUCAAAAUCAUUCAGAAACAUAAGUAGUUGUUCUGUCUUGUCUUGUCUUCCUCCUGCUUCUGAAUCCUCAUCUUCCAAUACAACACCCUCUUCUACUUCUCCUUCAACUAGGCUAUAUGUCAGUGGGCUAUCAUUUCGUACAACGGAAGAGAGUUUGCGAAAUGCAUUUAAGAAUUUUGGUCAACUUGUGGAAGUCAAUCUUGUGAUGGAUAAAGUCGCGAAUAGACCUAAAGGGUUUGCGUUCCUUCGUUAUGAAACCGAAGAGGGAUCCAACAAGGCUAUAGAAGGAAUGCAUGGAAAGUUUCUGGAUGGUAGAGUCAUAUUUGUGGAAAUCGCCAAACCAAGAUCAAAGCUUCGACAAAGUUUCAAACAGAACACUAUGUAA